AUCGAUGUUUUUUGCGAUGCAUCAAUCGGAAAGCUUGCAUCGAUGUUUUUCGAUACAUCGAUGUUUUCGAUGCAUCGAUAAAAACAUCAAAUGCGCAUGCGCGCGUCAAUUAUCAUGUGAAACGCGCAUGCGUAGUAGCCAUGUUGAACGAAAACGGGUUUGAAGUUGAAAAAAUAAGAGAAGAAGAGGGAGUUAAUGCCAUUAUCCGCAAUGGAUACGGCAGGAGAAAAAAAAGAAGUCUAAAACAACUCUGCGCUAGAGCUAAAACAGAAUGAAACAAAGAGAGGAUUAGUUGGAAAAGAUGACUUGAAUUUGACUAGUUUAUUCGAUGCAUCGAAAAAAAUACAUCGAUAUAUCGUAAAUAUUCACUGUAUCCGAUGUAUCGGAUUGAUUCGAUGCAUCGAAUGGUAAAUAUCGAUGUUUUUCGAUGUAUCGAUGUAUAUCGAGCAUCCCUAGUCUGAUAUAACCAAAAAAUUGCGGUUUGCUUCUAUAUUCAUUGUUGAUAUUACUAUUAUGAUUGAUAUUAUGUAUAUCAUAUUAUAUUACUGAACAAAUAAAUAAAAUCAUGUUCAAUCAAACCGAAGUAAAACAAGAAUUUAGUGAGACAACUUGCAAAAGAGAAAUAGACGACGAAGUAGAUGAUGUUCUACAGGAUAACUUUAAAACUGAAAUUAAGCAAGAACUUACCAGGGAAAGUACAAAUUAUGAUACAUUUGAUUAUUUAGACGUUAAAGAAUGUCCAAUAAAAGCUGAAAUAGGUCAAGAUGAUGGUCUCUGUUGUAAAGAUAUGAAAACUGAUGCCAGUAGUCUCUCAACAAAGGAUGAUAGAAGUGACAGUAAUUUGAACCAAUAUGUGUUUUCCAAUACCAAUAUGAACACUGGAGGACAACGUUUUAUAUGCCUCCUUUGCAAGAAACCAUUUUCAAGCAAUUCUCGUUUAAAACUGCAUAUGAGGAUACACACUGUUAAAAAACCAUUUGAAUGUGAAAUUUGCUCCAAACAAUUGUCAACGAAACAAGUUUUACAAUUGCAUAUGAGAGUGCAUACUGGGGAAAAACUAUUUAAAUGUAAAAUUUGCGCCAAACAGUUUUCAACAAAACACACUUUGCAAUCGCAUAUGACAGUGCAUCCUGGUGAAAAAUCAUUUGAAUGUGAAAUUUGCACGAAACAGUUUUCAACGAAACCACUUUUAAAAUCGCAUAUCAGAGUGCAUACUGGUGAAAAACCAUUUGGAUGUGAAAUGUGCACCAAACAGUUUUCAACGAAACCAUUUUUAAAAUCGCAUAUGAGAGUGCAUACUGGUGAAAAACCAUUUAAAUGUGAAAUUUGCACCAAACAGUUUUCAACGAAACAAGUUUUAAAAUCGCAUAUGACAGUGCAUACUGGUGAAAAAUCAUUUGAAUGUGAAAUUUGCACCAAACAGUUUUCAACGAAACCGCUUUUAAAAUCGCAUAUGAGAAGGCAUACGGGUGAAAAACCAUUUGAAUGUCAAACUUGCGCCAAACAAUUUUCAUCAAAGGGUAAUUUAAAAGCACAUAUGACAGUGCAUCCCGGUGAAAAACCAUUUAAGUGUGAAAGUUGCACUAAACAGUUUUCAACGAAACCACUUUUAAAAUCGCAUAUGAGUGUCCAUAAUGGUGAAAAACCAUUUGAAUGUGAAAUUUGCACCAAACAGUUUUCAACGAAACCACUUUUAAAAUCGCAUAUGAGAGUGCAUAUUGGUGAAAAACCAUUUCAAUGUGAAAUUUGCACCAAACAGUUUUCAUCGAAUCAAAUUUUAAAAUCGCAUUUGAGAGUGCAUACUGGUGAAAAACCAUUUGAAUGUGAAAUUUGCACCAAACAGUUUUCAACGAAAUCAAUUUUAAAAUCACAUAUGAGUGUACAUACUGGUGAAAAACCAUUUGAAUGUGAAAUUUGCACCAAACAGUUUUCAACGAAACCAAUUUUAAAAUCACAUAUGAGAGUGCAUACUGAUGAAAAACCAUUUGAAUGUGAAAUUUGCUCCAAACAGUUUUCAACGAAACCAUUUGUAAAAUCGCAUAUGAGAGUGCAUACUGGUGAAAGCCCAUUUAAAUGUGAAAUUUGCACCAAAAUGUUCUCAACGAGACAAGUUUUAAAUACACAUAUGGGUGUGCAUACUGGUCAAAAACCAGUUUCAUGCGAAAUUUGCUCUGAACAGUUUUUAACAAAGUAUUAUUUAACAUUACAUAUGAAAUUGCAUACUGGUGAAGAACCGUUUGAAUGUGAAAUUUGCACCAAGCAAUUUUCAACAAAGAGUAAUUUAAAAGCACAUAUGACAGUGCAUCCUGGUGAAAAACCAUUUGGAUGUGAAAUUUGCACAAAACAGUUUUCAACGAAACCACUUUUAAAAUCACAUAUGAGAGUGCAUACUGGCGAAAAAUCAGUUGAAUGUGAAAUUUGCACCAAACAGUUUUCAACGAAACAAGUUUUAAAUACGCAUAUGAGCGUACACACUGGUCAAAAACCAGUUACAUGCAAAAUUUGCUCUGAACAGUUUUUAACAAAGUAUUAUUUAACAAAACAUAUGAAAUUGCAUAUAGGUGAAUAGCUAUUUGAAUGUGAAAUUUGCACCAAACAGUUUUCAACAAAAAGUUAUUUUUUAAUACAUAUGAGAAAUCAUACUGGUGAAAAAACAUUUGAAUGUGAAAUUUGCGAUAAGCAGUUUUCGAUGAAACAAGUUUUGAAUACACAUAUGAGAGUGCAUACUGGUCAAAAACCAGUUGAAUGCGCAAUUUGCACCAAACAGUUUUUAACAAAGUAUUAUUUAGCAAUACAUAUGAAAUUGCAUGCUGGUGAAAACCUAUUUGAAUGUGAAAUUUGCACCAAACAAUUUUCAACAAAGAAUAAUUUAAAUGCACAUAUGACAGUGCAUACUGGUGAAAAACACUUUGAAUGUGAAAUUUGCACUAAACAAUGCUAACAUGCUAACGCGCGUUUUAAUGAGACGUGCGUUGAACGCUGCAUCAGCACCCGACUGUUGUAAACGAGCGUCAGCUUGCGCUCUGAGAUCAUUGGUUUUGUGUGUUACCGUUCAGAUGGCCAGAUGACCGCUCGCUUUUGAUGCAGAUAGAUAUUUUUUGGGUUGUCAAUGACAUUAAAUAUUUUUGUACAAUAUAAAAGAACCUAUAAUAUUCUAUUUGUUACCCAUAAUCGGUGGGCUGAAAAAUUCGUAGGAUAAUAUAGAACGAAUUUUUUUUUAUAUAAAAGUUGAUUUUAUUAUUCAUUAUAAUAGUUACCUUCGAGAACGAUACAACGAUUAUACGGUCAUAUAGUUUGUCAUUUGUCUUUAGUCUUAAAAUAAGCUCAGUUUCGGCGAUUACCUUUUCAUUGGUGCUAAAUUUUUUCCAGCGAGCAUUCUCUUGAGCUCAGCGAACAGGUGGUAGCUGCUGAGAGUUAUAUCUGGUGAAUACGGUGGCUGCGGAAGCAACUCGAAGCCCAAUUUAUGAUAUUUUGCCGUAUUUUCAUUGAUUUGUGACACGGUGCGUUGUCGUGAUGAAAUAGCACUUUAUUUUUCUUCAAAUGGGACCGUUUUUUCGCGAUUUCGUCCUUUAAAUGCUCCAAUAACGUAAGGUAAUUGUUGCUGUUAACGGUUUUUCCCUUUUCAAGAUAGUCGUUGAAUAUUAUACCAUGCACAUUCCAAAAUACUGAUGCCAUAACCUUGCCUGCCGACUGUUGCGUCUUUCCACGCUUUGGAGUCGGUUCAUCACGUGCAGUCCACUCGGCAGACUGUCGAUUGGACUCCGGUGUGGAAUGAUGGAGCCAUGUUUCAUUCAUUGUAAUAUAUCGAUGCAAAAAUUUGGUUUUAUUACGAUAGAAUAACUCAAACUUCUCAGAAUCAUCAAUUCGUUGUUUUUUUUUUAUCGAUUGUGAGCUCUCGCGGCACCCACUUUGCACAGAGCUAGCGCAUACCCAAAUAUUCAUGCACAAUAUAUCCAACACUUUUCUUUGAUAUCUUUAGAGUCUCAGCUAUCUCGAACAACUUCACUUUACGGUCAACCAAAAUUAUUUUGUGGACUUUUUUUAUAUUUCCGUCGGUAACAGCCUCUUUGGGACGUCCACUGCGUGCAUCAUCAUCGGUGCUCAUUUCGCCUCGUUUAAACUUAGCAAACCCUUUCUUAACGGUUGAUUUUCCUGAUGCAUAGUCCGAAUAAUAUGUUUAUCAAGCCAAGCUUUGGCUUUAACAGUUUUUUUUUUCGCCAAAAAGCAAUGAUUUAUUAAGACACAAAAUUUUUAUCAAUUUUUUUAAAACUAACACAAGUUGCAACUAAUAGUUCGACAGCUGUCACAUUUAUACACGCAUCUUUUGAAGGUUAGGGCUGAAUAAAAAGAAUAUAAAUUUAAUACCAGUAGUGCCAUCUAUGUGUCAGCCUACGAACUUUUCAUCCCACCUGUUAAUAAGAUCCUAGAUAAUAGAAAAAAAAUUAAAGUAAGAUCAUUGCAAAAAAUAAAACGUUUAAUUUAA